UACAAAAAAGCCAUCUCAACUACUUAGACAUAUGCGCCAGUUGAUUGGGUCACACAAAGUAGAUGAGUUAAUUCUACGUCAGAUGUUCUUACAACGUUUACCACAAAAUGUUCAACAAAUCCUAACAAUAUCUUCUAGGACGACAGACCUUGAAGAAUUAGCUAAAAUGGCAGACGAUAUCAUGGAUGUGUUAUCAAAUAAUGGCAUAAAUAGCGUGUCUACCGAGGCAGUACCACCAAGCCCUUCCACAUCUAUGAAGGACGCACCAAUGUUUUGGUUACUUUCCCAGUUAACAUCUCAAAUGCAAGAUUUACGACUGGAAGUGUCCGAGCUUCGAGCACAAAGGAACCAGUCACAUACGGUAUCCAAGCAACGGCGAUCAAGAUCUAGACGACGUUCUAGAACACCGUCUCAAAGCCGUAACAUUUGUUGGUAUCAUAGGAGGUAUGGGCAUAAUGCCCUGAAGUGUAUUCGACCGUGUAUGUACAACAGUAGUAACUCAUCUCAGGGAAACUCCCCAGCCAGACAGUAAUGGCGACGGCUGUUAAUGGCAAUCACCCCAGUCGCCUUUUCUAUGUGAGGGAUUUGACUACCGGCACAUUAUUCCUGGUAGAUACAGGCGCCGAGGUCAGUGUUAUUCCCCCCUCACUAUCCAGGCGAUCAGCCAAAAUACCUGGAAAACUUUCACUUCGUGCUGCCAACCAAACCAACAUACAGACGUAUGGCGAACAGUCAAUGAUUUUAAAUUUA